UCGGAGAUGACCGAUGCGGCGGUGGCUGCGGAUAGCUCGUUGAAUGCUCCUGUCUGCGGCAUGGCUGGCAAGAUGGAGGAUGAGAGCGACGAUGGCGAGGUGUACGAGUUCGGGGUGGAGGUCAAGAACUCGUUCAGCCCGUUCGUGGAGGGCGGGGGCGAACUGAAGGAGAUUCCACCGUUCCCAAACCUUGUCGGCAAGGCUGCGCUGGCGAGCGCGGAGCAGGUAAUCGAGUUCGGCGACGACGGCAAGCAGUGGCCUUACGACGAUCGCGGUGCUUUGCAGAAGGCUGUGCAGGCGGGCUCAGAGAAGUCCAGCGCGUGCGGCGACGUUGGCAGGCAGGACGAAGGACACAAGCAUGACAUGUACGAUCACCUGUCCACCGAGGCGGCCGUCGCGGAGGCCGUGAAGCGCUUUGGAGUCGAGUGGGCCAAGAUGCACUUGAAAGAGGAGUGGGUGAGCACCUACCUCGAUUAG